AUGGGCGAUUGCACACGGUCUUCGAAGUGGAAGCUCUGGCACCCAAAUCAAGGUGUCGUGUUCGCUGCUGGCCAGCAACCCGAGUCGUUAUACCCCAAGCUCAACCAUGCUCGUUUCUUCACCAGUCUGACCGAAGCGACCGAAUGCACAGAAAAUGUCUCAGUGGCUCGAGAGGUCUCGGGGAGUUCCAAAGCAGGCAUUUUUCAACAGAGAACUGUAUUCACCGAAACGAUAGCUAUUCAUGGCAAGCCCGAGACGUCGGCCACGGCGACAACAGCUGCUGCAGUUCAAGAUGAAGUAAAAGACAAUGACGAGAAGGUGGAAGAUGCAACAUCUGAGGAAGAUGAUGGGCCAAUCGAACCACCGUUCACACCUCUGGAGUUCAAAAUACCCAGCGAGGCAUUCCGUGAUGCUAGCUUUGCGGAGCCGGGCACUCCCGAGUCUUUUUGGUCGUAUACCCUAUAUCGGGGACCUCAAGAGAAUGAAGAUACAGAAAAUAAGGUCAAGGUUCAUUACUGCAAGAGUCUGCAUACGACUGAAAGAGUAUGCCAAUACUUCUUAGAUGAGAAGGUUAUCGGCUUUGACCUUGAAUGGGCGUCCGAUGCGACCAAGGCACAAGGGCCGAGAAGGAACAUUUCUCUGGUGCAGAUAGCCAGCCCGAGCCGUAUCGCGUUAUUUCAUCUUGCGCUGUACCCGAAAAAAGAUAGCCUACUUGCCCCGACGCUUCAAAAGAUCAUGGAGGAUCCCAACAUCACCAAGACCGGUGUGUUCAUAAAAGGAGAUGCUACGCGAAUGCGGAACUUCUUGGGCGUCGAAUCCCGUGGACUUUUCGAGCUCAGUAAUCUCUACAAGCUUGUCAAAUACUCAUCUAGUGGCGAGGUAGAGCUCGUGAACAAAAAGCUUGUGUCCCUUGCAAACCAGGUCAAAGAGGUUCUGCAUCUGCCAAUGUUCAAGGGGCAAGAUGUCCGGGCGAGCGACUGGUCCUUGCCAUUGAAGAUGGACCAGAUCAUAUACUCUGCAUCGGACGCUUAUGCUGCUGUGCAGUUGUACGCAAUCCUUGAUCAUCAGCGACAGGCUCUAGACCCGAUGCCACCUUUACCUUAUCAUGCGGAGCUCAAUCUGCCGAUACGGCUUGCAGACGGUGUGUCGAUCCCGACUUCUGACGAGGCUGGAGAGACGGCAGAAGCUGCAGACGUCAAGGGUGAUGCCAAGAUCCCUGCUGCGCUUUCUCAAGAGUACUUGAAGUCGGCUGGAGAAACUAUCAAGGUCGAGGCGGAGGGUGAUGAGGUUGAACCUAAGCCUGCUGUUCCAAAACCUCCCAAAUCUCGCAAAACACCUGCCGAACAGAAGCCAAAAGACGACAGAAUCUUAGCAGCCGAAACAUGGCUCAAACAUUAUCGUGCAAAUCCAUCGACGGCAAAAAGCAGGGCGACGCCCGCUUCCCUUCGAGCCUACUACAUAUGGCAUGCCAACGAUGAUCUCGACCCGCUUGACAUUGCAAAGCUUCUUCGUGAUCCACCACUGCAGACCACUACUGUGGUCAGCUAUAUACUUGAAGCAAUCAAGCUGGAGAAGCUGCCUUUCAACAAGAUACGAUUACGGACAGAAGUUCUUGAUUUAUUACCCAAGGAAAUUCUAUCACGGAGGUACAAGACCUUGGUGAAAGCUUGCGAAGGGGCUGACCAGCCAGCUGUGGCGAAGGCUGCUCAAAAAGACUUGCAAUAG